CUAACGGCUACAAACUGGCCGUUAGCCUACAACGGUAGCUGGCUACAAGCCGUUAGCCGGCUAACGGCUACAAGCCGGCUAACAGACAUGGCAACGAGAUAGGGUUUAAUUUAUUUUUAAAAAUUAUUCGAUUUUGAUCGGAAAAAAAUGUUAAUAUUUGAACAUUUGGAGCUCUCUUUCCACCCCUAAUGCAACUAAGUAGCGUGGGGGAAAAAGGAGGUGCCUGUGACAUAUAAUGAGCAAGAGAGGAAGAGAGUGAAAAGGGAGAGUCAACAAGCCAGAGACGGGCUCGUUUAUGCACAAAAGGCACUCGCUCGAACGACCGAAUGCGUGUGAGUGCAAGGAGAGAGAAACCAUGAGGGAGGGCAGGAGUGAGCCGGAGAGGGAGGAGGGACUCGGAGGCAGGGAGCAGGGAGAGAACCGGAGCGAUUGCGUGAGAUACUGACGGCCAGUCCUGCCACGGAGCGGCGGGAGCGCGAGCAUCGCCAGCGGACGGGACGCGGACGCUCCGAGCGGACCGAGGAUUUAACGGAUUGAUUACACGCCCGAGGAGGAAGCGACACGACAAAAAAGGGAGAGGAUGGAAUAAAGCAAAAAAAAAAAAAAAAAAAAAAAGAACAACAAAAAAAAUUGCUUUUGUAAGCGCCUCACACUUCUGUUUGGAGCAUCCCACAAGCAGAGCACCAGUGAAAACACAUACAUAUGAUAUAUAUAUAAAAUUCCUAUACAUAUAUAUCAAAUUAUGCCUGUUUUCAAAGAAGCUGCAGCUGGACAUCGACUGAAUUGACAUCAAAAAGGUUAAAAAAGGAAAAAAGAAAAAAAGAAUGGGACAUAAUAUGCAGCGUUUUGCUUAAAACUGUUGCAUGUUAAACCUUUGUUGUUGUUGUUUUCUUGUCCCCUCCUCCAAUAGGGGGGUGAAAAUGGAGGGAAAAAUAGAACAAUUAUAAAACUGGAAACUGAGUAGUCGAUGCGAGAUUGUCUUAAAAGCGCUUCUGCUCUUCUGUGUCCUGCAUUUCCAUAUGGGCUUCUUCUGAAAACGGGAUAUUUUGAUUUCAUGUUUUAUUUUUCAUCUUUUUUUUUUUUUUUUUUAAUCUCCCCUUGGUGCCACGCUGCCGUCGGCUGCCGCAUCUCCACUCGUCUCUGUCGUCCGCUCGGGCUGGGCUCGCUUUGUUCCAGCCAGGCUCCUGCCAGGCGCUCUGCUGAAAGUGCAGAGGGCAGUCCGAGGGAUCCCUGACCCCACGGUGAUAUCUCCUCCAGCAGCGGCACAAAACAAAACAAAGCAAAACAACAACAAACAAACAGACCAACAACAACAAAAAAAGUCUUCCCAGGGAAAGAGAUGGAAACAUCAAAGGAAGGAUGUGAUGGAGGGAUGAUUGGGAUAAGAGCAUGUGAUGAAAAUAAAAAGUGAGAGGAGAGGGAAAACAAAACCACUGAAGAAGAAGAAGAAGCCAUGAUCCACUGCGAACGGAUGAUUUUAACCCGUCAAUCUUUUCUUCCGUUCAUGGAGCAGAUCCAAGAAGUCGAGACGAUAGCUUCAGUACAAGAGCCCUGCUUACUCUCUUGCCCCUCUCUCAUCACCUGUGCACCUGUGCAGAGCUGAGUCAGCUGAAAGCCAAGAGUGGAGUCCUGGGUCUGUCAGAGACCCCUGGAUCCGAGGAGAGGAGGGCUCCAAAAACCAUUGGACUUCUCCUGCGUGUUUGUGUGUGUGCAUGUGUGUGUGUGCCACCCAAAAAGCUCCAGACUCUGACACUGUCAGUGUCCUGUCAUCAGGGGGUUGAGCUCUGUGUGUGGAUGCGUGAGUGGGGAAGUAUGGACGUGCACGAGUGAGAGAUAACAAGCCUCAGGUGCCCUUUUGGACGCCGAUCACCAUAAGGACUCGAGCCUGGACCGAUCCGCCAAAAAGAUACUUCACAGCUGCUGAUACCUGUUGGGCUCUGUGGCUGAAAAUAGAAAAGCAGCAUCAGUUAAUAAAGACGUCAGACAGAGGAGGGGGUGGGGUAGGGGGGGGGAGAGAGAGUAACAUCUACCAAAGUGGACUACAUUGGCGCCAAAAACAUGGCCACCGCGAAAAUAAAAAAAGCUCCCUUUCAACUGUGACAUUGAGAGCAGCAGGAUGAUGGACGCCAGUUAAGACCUGUGGUGGAGUUAUUUCAUUUUUGCAUUUUUUUUUUUACCCUUUCUGGACGCCUGAACCGAUUUAACUUCAGUGCUGAGGUGUCAUCCACUCAGGGAUAUGAGUCUAUCUUUGGAGUGAAAGCCCUUCCAUGUGGAAACCUUCGCUAGCUGCAAGUUUGGAUUCGCUUUGCCUGCCAGCACCGUUGGGAGCCUACAGUUCUCACGUUUCACGGAUUAUUCACCCCACUCUGUGGGGGGGGAGUUCAUUACUGAAAAUGCCGGUGGCAAGUUCAUUCAUAGGUAAUACAUCCUCCUAAACUGGAUCCUCCUCCCCGAGGGUUUGGAUUUGUCUACAACCGCCUCUGCUGUCUGCUGGAGACUCGAAUGGCUUUGUAAAAGGAGCUUUUUGGUCUUCUAUUACCGGUCCUUGUCCGAACUGAGACUCUGCAGGACUCUGCAGUAAGUCCAUCAUGGCCGCUCCAAUGUGUUUGCUCAUGUUGAACUUUUCACUGGCCAUGUUACUGGGCCUGACCACCCUGAGUGGACUGAGCUCUUGCCCGUCAGGACAAGUGUCAGCGCAGGUCUCUUCCAACAACCAGAGCACAGAUUCGUCUGUGUUACCAGAGGCGGCACUGACAACACCGACGCCGGACCCAGAGCUACAGACAGAUUCAACCAGUGGGAACCGCUGCUGGGGGUACUAUGACGUCAUGGGCCAAUGGGACCCGCCAUUUAACUGCAACGCAGGCAUCUACCUGUUUUGUUGUGGUUCCUGCUUCUACCGCUUCUGCUGCCAGUUCAGAGUCCACAGUCUGGACCAGACCUCCUGUUCCAACUACGACACACCCGUUUGGGCCAACACCGGGAAACCGGGGUUGCCCGUCACGGAGGUCCACCAGGAACCGGAUCGGGAUCGGACCCAUAUGAUCGUUUACAUUAUCUGUGGGGUGGUGGCCAUCAUGGUGCUGGUGGGGAUUUUCACAAAACUCGGACUGGAGAAGAGUCAGGGAGGUCAAACGGACAUGACGAACUCAAGGACUCUGACGGAGCUUCUGAAGCAGCCGGGGGAGGCAGGAGCUGUGGACGGAGCUGGAGUUCAUCAUCCCAUCGGGACGAAUGGCAUCACGGCCAGAACCAUGCGCACCAACAAUGAUCACAACCACUUGAACAAUGCAGCUCUGUCCCCGCUGGGACCAGCCAUGGCCUUGUCUCACCCUCACAACAACCUGGGAAUUGGCUUCAAUAAGUACACCUCACUCAAGGCCAUAGACACAGGUGUAAGAGACUACUACAAGAGCUACCCAAUGGUCGAUUACACCCACCGCCAAUCUCCUCCAACCUUCCAGCCAAUCAACUUCCACCCCAAGGACAAGCCCUUCCUGCCGCCUCCCGACGUCCACGCACCUCUCGCCAUCACCAUCAACGCCUCCCAGAUGCCCAAGCCCAAGAUCUCCAAAACCAACACGCACCCGCUCACCUCCAGCUCGGCCUUCAAAGCGUGGGACCCGAGCAAGAGCCACAUCCCGCACCCGACGGCAACCCACAUGGGCAUCAGCGCGCAGCAGCAGCAGCAACAGCAGCACCAGCAGCAGCAGCACCACCCCAUCCAGCAGCAGCACCCCCAGACGCUGCAUCAGCAGAACAGUCGGCGCCAGGCCUACUCCAACAAGAGGCAGUUCAGCAUCGAGACGUUGCCUGAGCUCUUCUCGCAGCCGCUGGGCUAUGGCCACUCGCCGCACAUGCACCCCAAGCACAAGGGACUGGCCACCAACAGCAAGACGGAGGUGACGGUGUGAGCGAACAGAGAAACGGAGUCGAGGGGAAGCGCUCUGAUAUCCUUUAUAUCCACUGCUACCAUGUUGCGUAGCAAGCAAAUAUCACAUCUGGGAUUUUUAUGAACUGCAUUUUCCUCAGCAUUUUUAACUGGAACAAAGAUAACAGCGUGUGUGCGGCAUUUGUGUGUUUCUGAGACCAUCGGGUUGGAACCCCAACGGAUGAGCCAUGAAGGUGACGUAGCAGCAGGUGUCAGCUGUGACCCUUUGAGCCUGGCAGCUUUUCUAAAUAACUGAGUGGCCUCUUGGUGUCUUGACACACCUCUCUGUAUUGUCUCCCUCUUGGACUUUGCCACAUUCUGCUCCACUUUGUAGCCCCUCUCCACCACGUCCAAGUGUUCAGAUUCCACUCAGAGACUUUUCUUACCCUUAAACCCAAAGUCCAGACUCCGAGGCUAUGAGAGAAGCCGACAGGGGGAUGUUUUCCCUUGAAAGUUUGGCUUCUCAUCAGCUGAAACAAUAUCAUUGGGUUGUCAGCUCUCGUUGCCCUCCGGUCUUUUUAAGAGUGAGAUAUCAGCCUUGCAAUUCAUACCAGAGAGGAGGGCAGAGGAUGGGGGGUGGGGGGAAGGCAUUCAUCUGAAUCCAGAGGCAAACGUGAUGAGAAGGGAUCCAAACCGCGUGCAGAACAUGCACACACUUGUCAGAUUUUACUGAGAGUUUCUGGCAAUGUCAGAAAGCCCGCAGACUCCGCAUCUCUUCCCCUGGAGCCAAACAGAAACACAAUUUUCUCUCAAAACUCUAAUUCCACUAGACUUUUGAGAUGAAUUAGUGGGCUGUCUCAUUGGACGCUAGAGCUUGAUGAUGUUUAUAUCUGCAAAAGAAGCGACUGAUGCUGUAAAAUGGGACAGAAAAGUCCAAUUUGUCCAGCCAGAUCAUUGUGAAAAAUAGCUUCACAAACGCACCAGAGAAUCCAUCAACUGCAUAUCUGGUGUUUCUAUUUGGGUUGAGUUCAUUCUCUAAGAUUCGCCUUGCUAUUUUCAACUCCAUACUUAUAAAGCGCCUUGUAAAAAGUAUCGCUUGCAGUCGGAAGCACAAACGUUAUUGCAUCAACAGUUGCUAGAGAAUAAAUGCCCUAUUUAAGACCAAGGAGGACAAUAUCCCAAGUUUUUAGCUUAGGUGGAUGCGGCUGUCGACCUAAACUAAAAGACUAAGUAGGGAGAACAGAAGAGAACAAAGAGGUCCAGGGUAAUUCUGAGGGAUAUUCAAAAAUACCCAGAGAAUCUGUAAACAGGAAUACUAAAUUCAGCCUCUAUGGAGGAGUUGUAGGUAGAAAGUUAUUCUUUAAAGACUCUGCUAGAUGCUGCAAAAGACUGGGAUUUAAUGUUUACCUUCCAUCUUUAAGACUCUUAACAAACAGCAAGAGACACAAAGGUGAUAUAAACCAAAACGUUUGUGUGUUAGAAUGGUCCAGUCAAUGUAAAGACCUAAAUCCAAUUCAGACUUCACCACCAAACUGAUUUUUAAAGUCGCUCUCCGUCCAGUUGGACUCAGAUUGAGCUAUUUAGCAAAGAACAUCUCAGUCUCUAGAAAUACAAAUGGGUAGAGUCACCGCUCCAGAAAGAACACGUCAAGAUUUCUGAGUGGAGGAUUACAAAACGUAAAAAAGCUCAAAGGGUGCGGGUACUUUUUGCAAGCCUCUGAAUGCGUAUUGGCUUCCUUACUGAUUCUCAACAAUGUGGAGUGUUUCUGGAUGUAAGGACAGAAAGCACUAGAAAACAAGAACACCUCCUCCUGGACGGAGCCGUUUGAUGCGAGUGUUUAGUGCUGCUGCUUGCGCUGCAGUUUGCUUCACUCCCUCUUAAUGAAGUGUCUCAGCACUCCACGUGAGUGACUGCUAGCACUUAAACAAAUCACUAAUGUAAUUCAUCCCUCGGAUGCACACAGCUUACACAUCAAGAGAGCUUACUUGGUCUGAGGCCAUGCUUUCAUCCAAACGGAGAAAAAAACAAAAUGAGAACUUCUAUUUCUCCCCCCCGUUCUAAUACCCUGCCGGCAAUUUAGAUGUUGGGAUUUACGGUUUUCUAACGCGACCUAAUAUCUUUUGUUUUUGUGUUGACGCCCUCGAUGUCCUACCGGCAGGAUUUAAGGAAUGCAUCGUCGAGCAAGACUUGCCUCAAUGUUCUGUUGGGUCGAAAUCUUUUGUAAGUCCAGAGCCUUCAUUUCGUUUUUGUGGAGCACAUUCGCAUUCUCAACACGUCGCAUGCGGAUGCUUGAGCCCAGGCCUACCGUGUAACAUUUGAUGGCCCCAGACAUCCCCUAGGGCCGCUUUUCAGUGCGCAGGGUAGUGAUUUACACCAGCAGCUCUCUGAAUGAGAACAGUUCAUCUGAUUGUCGGGACGCUGCAGAGGCAAUAGAAAGCGAGGAGACCCUUCUUUGGUUAGAAGAUUUGAUACUAAGACUAUCUACUACUAUCAAUUUUCCAAUCAAUGCUUGUUCACCUUUUUCUCCAUUUGACUUAUCAAGCAUUGCAGUCGGUGUAUUUAAAAAGGAAACCGUUUUAAAUACAAAGCCCCUCACAUUUAUUGCCGUCUCUGGUAAAAAAUAAAUCUUAUGUUUUAUUGUAGCAGCAUGAUUUCAUGUGGAAAAGUGUUACAAAACCAUUUAAUCUGGGUAUAUUAACUCAGCGAAGAAAAAAAAUAUGUUAAGAAGAAAAUCGACAGUGCCCCUAAAAAUCCCUUCAAAAAUGUAUGUGGUUAAGGCAUCUCUAAUGUACACUUUACACUAAACUUUAAAUCUUUCCCAGGGCAUCAGUUUAAUGUUAGGAAGCAUCUCUGGCGACAUUUGGCAUUAUGGAUGCAUAUUAAUCUAACACAAUGAUUGUGAGAUCUGAAAUGUCUGCAGUGUGUCUGAGGGGCCAACAAACAGCCACCAUCUGACAUGCAGUUCAUUUCCAUAAACAAACCCAAACUGGCAGAAUCAGGCCUGAAUUCAAUGCGCCAGCAAACCUCUUGCACCUUUCGGACCUUUUUAGCCCUUCAUGUCCUCAAUUUAAAAUCUCCGCCUAUUUUAAUUGUAUGCAGUUCUUUAAAUGGCCUGUGAGUAAAUUAUAUAUUACAUAACAACUGUAACUUUCGAUAUCUUGCAAGUUAUUUUUGCGAUUUACCGUGUAUUGAAAGAUUGUCCCUCAGAUUAAUUUCACUCCCUGCUACGGUGGUGUGUGAAAUUACCGUAAUAACACAAUAUCGGCUGGAAAGUGCAACGUCUUCCCUUUCAGAAACAGUUGGAAUUUUUUCAGAAAGCGCAAAGCGUGGCAGAAAUACGGCACCGCAAAUUUGGCUGGACCGCCGCCGUUCCGUUUAGGAUUAAUUCAGGAUGUUGCCUUUGAUCAAAAACUAUCUGCAGGUGAAAAUCAGACCCGUCCAUUGAUGUUCAAACACAGUGUCCUUGAUGUUCUACGCACCUACUAAAAACCCUAGCUACUUAGAAUUGAUUUUAGGUAGUUACUGGCUAUUUACAAGUACUUCCACUCAACACUGCUUCAAAAAUACUGAAGAAUGUCCUUCUGGUGACUAACUAUACAAAUAACUUUAGAGUGUUUUAGAGAACUUGUCCAGCAAUGACUCCUCCUCAAACCAAUAUUCUUAAAAAAAUAAAAACAAUGCAGUUUAUUUUUCUUAUAACAGUUCAAGUUCCAGUUAUUGAUUGAAUUCACCUUCAGUUAUCAUAAGGACACCAAAUAUGCCGCAGUGGAUAAGUCUGGCACAAACUGCACCAUUUACCAUAGUCACACACUAUUUAGCUAUUUUUUAAUCUUUCCCCCUCUUCUCUCUUUUCGUCAUUGCGUCUGCCUCUCCCAGAAUUGGUUAAGCUAAAAUGAAAAAUAGGCACUUUAUAGUACAAACCACAGGGUGAAAAUAGCAAUCAUUUUAUAUUAUUUUUCCUUGAUGACCGAACGUCACUGCUGUGCAUCCAUAUCCAUGAAAGGCUGAGCGAUGGGUACCAGGAGCUUUGCUGGUGUUUGGGGCCCACUGCUCCGAGACGAACCAUGAGACUCUCCCUGGAUCCUCCUCGUGUGCGACUGACUGUGUGUUGGGAGUCGGCCAUGACAGACGACAGCAUCAUGAAAAGCAUGGCGGGCUCCAGAUUCACUCCCCCCGCUGUGCAGUCAGACACAAGCAUGAUGAGGCUCGCACAAACGCAGACCGCAACAUGAAUUUGCCGCGUGUUUCUUCACAUCUGGACACACGAAACGCCACUGAAACGAAGGUGUGAGCUAUACAUUUGUCCGGGGGAAAUUUCACUCAGACAAAUAAGCCGGCUUGCACUUAAAAUUUAAUUGAGUUGCAAACGAACACAUCCAGAUGAAAAAGGGGGGAAAGAGCAAUGAAGUAAAACUUUAACAAGUGAGAAUUAAUUAGCAAUAUAACGCACGCUCCAACUGCUGCAGUGACUUCUCCACUUUACCUCUCCAAGAUGUGAAAAACCUGUUAGGCAAGCUGCUGGAGUGCCGCUCGGCGCCCGCUGGCACGCCUUUGUAAUAAGGGAUCAGCUAAGAAUGGGGGGGAUCAUGAAUACAAAAGCACCAAUGGGAUAUGCAGGGUGUGAAUAUGCAUCAAACGCAUCUGUGCUUGUGCUCGCUUCGGCUCUGCGCCGCAUUUAAUGUGCCGGUUCUCCUCCGUGGCAUCCCUCUUUCCUUCUGACUUGUAGUCCCAGGAGGUGCAAACACUUUUAGUGGGUCACUUCAUGUGAAAAAGCUUUCUGGCCUUUAAAACCCAGACCGAGCUGUCACAAAUCACUGCUAAUGCAUUAGAGGAGUGGCUCUCUAGCCUUUAAUGACGAGUACCAUCUCAUUAUGCUGACAGACGUCAUGAAACAGUGACAGAAAUUUACAUUUUGAGUUUAAGAACAUGAGCAAAAUAUACUAAUCUUAUUCACUGUACAUUUGGUUGAAGGAUUCAAGUCUGGGUAUGAAUAACAGAUCAGAUACGAAUGAUUUGCUUUCAAAUCGUUAGGAAGUCAUCGUCGCGAGUUUAAAUUUUUAGCCCUCAAUAACGGGCGUCAAGCACAUCUUCAUUUUGGGCCAUAUCAAAAAUCUGAAUGUUCUUAAAGGGCCGGUUGAACCGGGAUAUAUUGAUAGAAUCAGUAAAUAGCCAUUUCUCCUGGAUUUUGAGAUUACUUUAGUGUAAUUUUUGCAAUCAAAAUGACAGAUUUUGUGCCGUCAAUCUAGAAAUGUUUGUGAGAAAUUUUUACAAUGUACAAUGUUAAAUGUGACUUUUUAUUCUAUCAAAUUGCAAACUAUAAAAUCAAGUAAAGCUGAGGUAGCAGUCAAUUAAACUCAAUGUUUUUGAUCAAUUUUGAGAAAAUUUGCAAUAAAACUAGAAAAAAAAUGUAAAGAAUUUUUGAUUUUGUGUGGAUUUUGCAUAUUAGGGCCUAUUGAUGUAAUUUGGAGUCCAGAGGGACACAUAAAAAGCUACGGCGGGCCAGAUUCGGCCCCCGGGCCUUGAGUUUGACACCUGUGCCCUAGAAAAUACUAGAUGAUUCUAAGCUGAACCGAAGAACCUUCACAGUUUUUUCUUCUGAAGAUACUGGUAUUCGAAUCAAAUGGCAGAGAUAGAUCAGCCAAAAAUAGCACAUGAACUAUUCUGGUCUUCUCUAUCUUCCAUAGAGUAGACCAGAAGUAUUGCCACAGUGUUGUUUUGCUUUCUACAACCCUGGUAGCAUUGUGUACCAUCGCUCUGGUCGUCAUGGGAUUGUCAGCCAGCACCGUCCUCAAGACGAUCCAGAAUUUUUUUCAUGUCGUUUCAUGAUGGUGGUCUGGUCCAGCGAAACAGCAGCAUCCCAGCUUACGUUCACUUCAGAGAGCAUCUCCUGCCCUCCCCCUUCUUUCUGUGCCUCUCUGUGACAGAAUCUGACAAGUGGUCUUCCUUUCUGAGUAGCUUCUUGGUAGCUUUGGUAUUAUCUGGAUUGCCAUUGUUUGUGGGAUAACAGCAUCUGCCAAACGCAUAGACUUGGAUUGUUGCCUUCCCUCAGAAUUUGCACUGAUUUUACAUGUUCAGUCUUUAGAUAUUCUCGCUAUCCUUCUCCCUUGUGUUUCCUGGUCAAAUUAAAGACAGAUGUACGCACGCGCCUCGUCAUUUUAGCUGUUUGUUUAUUCUUUUAAUCAGCAUGGAAAUGGUAAUAUCAAAACUUCCCAAGGAGAGGACACCCGAGUAUCACCCAUAGUACUUGUAGCAAAGUCUGGAAACCUUGGCAUUAGAAGUUGCGAAACAAAGAAUGCUCAAGGACAGCAAGUAAACAAGCAAUACGAAUCGGUAAAGCAAUAACAAGCAACCACCACACUUCACCCUCUCCUCAACCCAUUUAGAUCCCUUCUUAGAGUUCACGGGCUUACGCCAACGAGUGUGUGGAGCUUAAACAGAGGGGACAGAGGGGAGCACUGAGCAGAGAGGAGACUGCAGAGGGCCUGAGAGGACAGAGACUGGACUGAAAAAGAUGAUCUGGCUUGCAUGGACACAGCAGAUACGGCACUGGUUGUGUGUUGUUGUUUUUUUUUUGUUUGUUAUCCAGAUUUGUCUGCAGAGUCCUGAAGCAUUCAUCCUGGGUUCAAUCUCUUUGAUGUAUUUGAGCAGUCAGCUUUAUAAAAGGAUUCUGCCGCCGCAGCUGCAACGAGAAGCGGGUCUGUACUCUGAUCUGCAAAUGUUCACAGCGGGAUCUGGACCCCCUUGAUAUUCUCCUCAUACUCUUGACAGACCUCAAGCUCUGCGAUCGUAGAGCGAGCGAACGGCGCUGGAUGUGCGACGCCGGCUCCGGGAUUCACAAUUAGAGGAGAGAAACAAGUCCUUCAGGACAAACACAGCCUGAGGACAAGCUACCAGCAAAGUCAAAGACACAACUUUUCUACAUUUUUCUUGUCGCACGGAUUAGCUGACGGUGCGAGCGCCAGCUGACUUUAACUUCUUCCUGCACUUUGGGAAAUGUUGCUUCCAAUGUGUCAGAAUCCCAAGAAACAAUCAUUCUGACAUACUGGAAAGAAAUGGACACAUUUCAGUGUUGAUUUCCCUGUGGUCCAAAAGCUCUGGAGUUUUUAUUUUUGUUUUAAUAAUUAUUAUUUAGUGCGUGUGUGUCUGUGUGUGUGUGUGUCUUCAAUUCAGGCUGGACAUCUUUGACUACCUUCAGGCAAAGACUAAAUAAAAAAAUAAAAAAAACAGCUGGUGAAGCUGAGUUAAUUGGACUGGAAAAAGCCUCUGAUGAGCCACAGUUUUGCCUCUGAUGUGAACAAUGUACAACAUUCGCGCACAAGCACUCAUGCACGUACAGACAAAGGAUUCACAUCUCCGUACAAAGACCACAGUUUUGUGGAAUGAAACAGGACCAAAAGCCUUGAAUCAGGGGAAACUGAGUACACCUAACUGACGCUUCAACAUCCAAAACAGUGGGAAUGCUGAGGCUGUUUUUGGAUCGUCAGCUUAGAGUGAGUUUACUCAAUCUCUCCUGAUGAACGACAGACUAUGGCGCCGCUCGCCCACCCGCGAGCAAACUGACUGUUGUUUCUGAACGUUCCUCUCCAAAAAAUACACAACGCAAGUAUUCUACCAAAGGUUAUGUGAAUGCAACCUGGUAGACAUACUUGGGCAUCCAUGACCCUUAGCAAUAUGUAGACUAUUGUGUACGGUUCAGUUGUUUCCUUGUCCUCUGUCAGUUUUCGUACUGUGUUUUUUCCAGGACUGAGCUCCUGUUUCGAAGCAUUAAGACGUUAAUUUGACCUAUAUAGAAUCGACGAAGCGCUUCCAGAUUUUAGACUCAUGGCUGCACACCCUUCUAGAUCUAGGCAUCCCCACCCGUCAUACGUCACACAAUAUAACUCCAAAGGUCACAGAUGAUCUUUUGAAUUCUAUGUCAUGUAUACGGUAUGAAGCUCGUGAUCUUUGUGAGUUACAUUGUUGGGUGUAAACAUGCACUUGUGUAUUUAUUGUUAAAGAUAUUGCAUUGUAUCUAAGUGCUUUGCCAACACGUUAGCUGAAAAAAAGGGGAAGACUGAGUAAUUUCUUGUACAGCUUUUGCACCUCUGGAAAACUGAAGAAAAAAAAAAAAAGUCAUGCUUUGUUUCAUGAUCAUUUGUACUGGGCAGCAAUAGGCUGCUUUGGACUGCUAUGUACUCCUUGUGUAUAUAUAUAUGAAUGCCGUACCAUUUGUCUGCUGUGAAAGUUGUUGACUAUUCAGCUUAUAUAAGGGCUUUUUAUAGAUUUAAAACCAGACAGGCAUCACUCUGUAACUCAAAGUAUUCUCUGGAGGGUUUUCUUUUUUUUUUUGGUUUUGUUUCAUUUUGUUUGUUUGUUUUCAGAAAUGAAGGGAUAUGAACAAAAAAUUUCAUGCGUACAAAAAUGCUGUAUAAAUAAAAUUUUCAACUGACUUACUGAGGUGUUUUUAGGUACUCAUGUUAUAUUUGCCCAUGUGUCAUGUUUGAAUAAAUCGUACAAGAAUCAAUCGUA